AUGGACUCUCCGAAUAUCUCGGAGUUGAACGACUUACACAAUGGUUCUCGAUUGCUCUCAGAAUCGUCGAUCCUCCAUAACUCAAGUUCUGACUCCUUGCGUACCGGGCCCGGUGGAGAUGAUCUUUCUCUUUCGGAACUAUCGCUGUCCGAUCGUCCACCACCUGGUCCACCGCGCAGACCAAAAUUCAGCCUUCUUGCGCGACCUUCUCAGCAGGAGCUUGACAUUGCAGACGAGAGCGGAGUGAGCGAUGAUGUUGAUGUUGAUGUUGAUGUUGGCCAGGAAGGAGUCUUUGAUCAGACGAUGAGGCAGGAAGAUAUAGAGAAAACGCAAAGAACAGCUGCCAAGUCUCGCGAAGAGAGGCUCCAGCAUGAUUUGUUCAUUCUAAAAAAACUGAACUCGGCUUUUGAGACCUAUAAAGAUGCUCUUCGAGAAACGAAAUCGAGUACGGAGCGAGUGGCAAUCCAACUGGAAAAUACAAACACGUUAUUGGAUAAGUAUGUGAACCUUCUGACAAAAUCGGAGAACGUCGCUCGAUUGAUUAUGGACAAGCGAUGGCAAGGUGCCGAAGUGGAUGAAGAGAUACUCGAGCGUGAGCAGUUGGAAGCAAUUGCUCGCGCACGCCGUGAAGAGGAAGAGCGGGUACUUGCAGAGCAGCGUGAAAGGGAGCGAUUAGAAAGGGAGGAGAAGGAGCGCAAGGAACGUGAGGAGACGGAAAAGCUUCAGAGAGAACGGGCUGAAGCCACGAAAUCUACUGGGAGAGGGAGUGGAGUUCGAGGUGUGAGAGGUACUAGAGCGUCGCUGAGAGGGGUGGUCCCGCGUGCAGCAGCAGCGGCUAGCACCAGGGGGAUGCGCGGUGUCGCUUCGGCAGCAAUAAAGCGACCUGCAUCUUCUGCUUCCACUCGGUCGGCUAGUGGUAGUGGUACUAUGCGAGCUUGGACGGCAAUUCUGCCUUGCCUGCUCGCCCCACCGUCGGACAAGGAUAUGACGGCUGCAAAGCUCCUCACACUCGAUGAGCACAUCGUGGAGCCCGCUGUAUCGCCGCAUCGGGUUACUUCGACACCUAUCCAUCCGGAACUCAAGACACAAGUUUGGGUUGUCGCCGCUGUGUGGGCUGGCAGUGUCCAACGCGGAGAUUGCGAUUCGAUGAAUUACUGCACGUCGUCUGGAAUCUGCGAGCUCAGAGGUUGUAGGAGGGACCAAUUCCCCUUUGGAUAUCCAAGUGAUGUCACCCUUCCUCCAUUAUGCGGUACUGGUCGUUUUUGUCCGGAUGAGGAGGACCGAUGCAUCUCCCUCUUGACAGUUGGUAGCCCUUGCCAGUUUAACCGAGAUGAUCAGUGCAUAGGACCACCCAAUCACAGAGAACUUACCGACGGAACUGGGUUUGGUUUGAAUGUCAAUGGAUCUGUUUGUCUGAACAAUCUCUCACCCAGGUGGGCGAAUGCAUCCGUUGGCGACGCUUGUCAAGUUCAGAAUAUUGCAUUUGUUGCUUUUGGUCGCAACGGUAUCAAUUAUCCGGACGUUGUCUCUAGAGACAACUGCAGAGUUGGUGCGUAUUGUGAUAGUCAGAAACUCGCCUGCAUUCGGACAAAGAAUAUUGGUGUUACAUGUAGUGCGGACAAGGAAUGUUCGACAUACAAUUGUCUGGCAGCUGGUAUUUGUGGGCCCAGGACCGAUGCCCCGGUUCAUGUAUCGACAUGGGUAUAUGCAGUGGUCGGAGCUGGUGGCUGUGGAGCCAUUAUAACGAUACUUGCGAGCUUGUUCUUUUUCCAUAAGAAAGAGCGCGAUGCAGAGAGGGAGAAGCGCAUACAAUACUGGCAAGAACAGAAUGCGUUGCGUCAGAACCUCAUGCAGAUGAAGAAGACCGCCCACGACUACUAUCCUUCUGUCCCCGGUAGUAGGAGUACGUUACGAGGAUCGCCCUUGGUCAACGAUUCCGUGAUGUUCGAUGCAGAUCAGACCCAUCCUCACUAUGGGAAUAUGCAGUCCAGCGGGGCGCCCUAA